AUGUCAGCCAUUCACAUUGACGUGGUGCGUUCACUGGCCCGCUCUGGGCUGGGACACGCAGGGGGACGCACGGAUGGAUGGAUGGAUGGAUGGUGUUCUUUAUUCAUGAGCUCCCUUCCCUCGGUCUCCGCCUCUCUUCACGCGGCCGGACCGGAGCUGGGGUGUCUCCUCCACGCGGGACGCGAUUGGCUGAGGAGGAGCGGAAGAGUCUCGGUGGUUGGCAUGGACUUUAAGCGGCGUAAUGGCGGCCCCCUGUCCGGCGGAGCGCCUCAGGCCAAACGGGGCAGAGCAGCCGGGGAGUGGGAGGACAGUCCGUCCCAGUUCGAAGAGGAGCUGUCCAUGUUUGACGACCCAGAGAUGGACGCUGAGGACAUGGAGGGACAGGCAGGACACGAUGUUGUCCCUGUAGGCGACCUCUUCUCUACAGACCUUAACCCUCGAUGGCGGCGGCCUCACGCUCCUCCUCUGGACCCGUCAUCUGAGCCUCUCGUCUUCCAGCAGAUCGACCUGGACUAUUAUUUGGGGCCCACAGUCGUCGGGAUGCCGGGACAGUCACAGGGAAAAGUUCCAAUCAUCCGGAUGUUCGGAGUAACGGACAGUGGGAACAGCGUCUGCUGUCACAUCCACGGAUUCGCUCCUUACUUCUACGUCCCUGCACCAAACGGCUUCACGUCCGAUUCCCUGGGGGAGUUUAAACGGGAGCUGAACAACGCGGUGCUGAAGGACAUGCGCAACAACAAGGACAACAUCUCCAUCACGGUGCUGGCUGUGGACAUCACCCGCAAAGAGAACAUGUACGGUUACCACGGGAAACAGAGUAUGGACUUCCUGCGUAUCACCAUGGCGAUGCCUCGUCUCAUCGCGCCCGCUAAGAGGCUCCUGGAGCAGGGCCUGAAGUUCGGACACUUCCCCGUCCACAACUUCCAGUCCUACGAGGCCAACAUCGACUUCGAGAUCAGGUUCAUGGUCGACUGUGACGUGGUGGGAUGCUGCUGGAUCGAGCUUCCCAAAGGAAAGUACAGGUUACGUGAAGAGAAGAGCAUGGACAACACAGACUCUCAGACCACGGGGAAGGCGUCUCUGUGUCAGUACGAGGUGGACGUGGCGUGGACGGAUCUGAUCAGUCACCCUGCGGAGGGAGACUGGCAGAGGAUCGCGCCGCUUCGCGUCCUCAGCUUCGACAUCGAGUGCGCGGGAAGAAAAGGAAUCUUCCCGGAGCCGGACAAAGACCCGGUCAUCCAGAUCGCGUCCAUGGUGCAGCGGCAGGGUGAGACGGAGCCCUUCAUCCGGACCGUGUUCACCCUCCAGUCCUGCGCCAGCAUCGUGGGUUCUCAGAUCUUCUGCUUCACGCAGGAGAAGCAGCUGCUGCAGAGCUGGGCUGAGUUCCUGAGGACGGUGGAUCCAGACAUCAUCACCGGAUACAACAUCCAGAACUUUGACUUCCCCUAUUUACUCAACAGGGCAGCAGCUCUGAAGGUGAAUUACUUUCCGUACCUGGGCCGAGUUCGAGGCAUCAAAUCCGUCCUACGAGAGACGAACUUCCAGAGUAAACAGAUGGGACGACGAGAGAACAAGAGCAUCAACAUGGAGGGACGAGUUCAGUUCGACCUGCUGCAGGUUCUCCUCAGAGACUAUAAACUCCGCUCGUACUCUCUGAACGCUGUGAGUUUCCAUUUCCUGCAAGAACAGAAGGAGGACGUGCAGCACUCCAUCAUCACAGACCUGCAGAACGGGAACGAACAGACCCGGCGGCGUCUGGCCGUCUACUGCCUGAAGGACGCUUACCUGCCGCUGCGCCUGCUGCAGAAGCUCAUGUGUGUGAUCAACUACAUGGAAAUGGCCCGAGUGACCGGGGUUCCUCUCACCUACCUGCUCUCCAGAGGCCAGCAGAUCAAAGUGGUCUCUCAGCUGCUGCGACAGGCCAUGAAACAGGACCUGGUGAUGCCUGUAGUGAAGCCACAAGGAGGAGAGGAUUACACCGGAGCUACUGUGAUUGAGCCGGAGAAAGGAUAUUACAGCGUCCCCAUCACUACUCUGGACUUCUCCUCUCUGUAUCCCUCCAUCAUGAUGGCUCACAACCUGUGCUACACCACCCUGCUGCAGAAAGGCGCCGUGGAGAAACUGGGUCUGUCCCCAGAGGACUUCAUCAAGACUCCGACGGGGGAUCAGUUCGUGAAGAGCUCCCUGAGGAAAGGACUUCUUCCUGAGAUCCUGGAGAACCUGCUGUCUGCCCGAAAGAGGGCCAAAGCCGAGCUGAAGAAGGAGACGGACCCUUUCAAGAAGCAGGUGCUGGACGGUCGACAGCUGGCGCUCAAGAUCAGCGCCAACUCUGUGUACGGCUUCACGGGGGCUCAGGUCGGAAAGCUGCCCUGUCUGGAGAUCUCACAGAGCGUCACUGGUUUUGGGAGACAGAUGAUUGAACGAACCAAGCAGCUGGUGGAGUCUAAGUACACCAUCGCUAACGGCUUCCAGGCCGACGCUAAGGUGAUUUACGGAGACACGGACUCGGUCAUGGUGAAGCUCGGCGUGGCCGCGGUCAGCGAGGCCAUGGCGAUCGGGAAGGAGGCGGCCGAGUGGGUGUCGUCUCACUUCACGCCGCCCAUCAAGCUGGAGUUUGAGAAGGUGUACUUCCCGUACCUGCUGAUCAACAAGAAGCGCUACGCAGGCCUGUAUUUCUCCUCCAGCGCAGACACGCACGAUAAGAUGGACUGUAAAGGCAUCGAGACGGUCCGCAGGGACAACUGCCCCCUAGUGGCCAACCUCAUCAACACAUGUCUGCAGAAGAUCCUCAUAGACCGGGACCCCCAGGGCGCCGUGGCUCACGCCAAAGAGGUGAUCUCAGACCUGCUGUGCAACCGCAUCGACAUCAGUCAGCUGGUCAUCACCAAGGAGCUGACGCGCACGGCCCAGGAAUACGCCGGCAAGCAGGCUCACGUGGAGCUGGCAGAGAGGAUGAGGAAGAGAGACGCAGGCAGCGCCCCCAACCUCGGAGACCGGGUCCCGUACGUCAUCAUCAAGGCUGCGAAAGGAGCGGCGGCGUACAUGAAGUCAGAGGACCCCAUCUACGUGCUGGAGAACAACAUUCCCAUCGACACCCAGUACUACCUGGAGCAGCAGCUCUCCAAACCCCUGAUGAGGAUAUUCGAGCCCAUCCUGGGGGAGAGCAAAGCCGAGAGCGUCCUGCUGAAGGGCGACCACACGCGCUGUAAGACCGUCCUCACCUCGAAGGUCGGUGGCCUCAUGGCCUUCGCCCAGAAGAGAAGCACCUGCAUCGGCUGCAAAGCUGUCCUGAAGACGGACGCGGCCGUGUGCGACUACUGCAAGACCAAGGAGUCUGAGCUGUACCAGAAGGAGAUCUUUCACCUGAACACGUUGGAGGAGCGUUUCUCUCGGCUCUGGACGCAGUGUCAGCGUUGUCAGGGCUCCCUGCACGAGGACGUCCUCUGCACCAGCCGGGACUGUCCCAUCUUCUACAUGAGGAAGAAGGUUCAGAAAGACCUGGACGACCAGAGCAAACUGGUGUCUCGCUUCGGUUGGUGAAGGAGCUUCUGGUGACUUGUAAAAAUGCAUGUAUAUGGCACUAUUUCUGUUUUCUCAUGUCAAGUAAAAUGUCUUUUUUUAAUAAAUAAAAGCACUCUAUUCUA